AUGAGUAGCCAUGGUGCCGUACUGUCUGAAGAGAGCCUGUCAUGCCCAGUGUGCCUGGAGAUAUUUAAAAACCCCGUAACCAUUCCAUGCGGCCACAACUUCUGCAUGGAUUGUAUCAGCAGCUGCUGGGACGAGGACACUGACUCAGACACCUGUAAAUGUCCAGAAUGUCGGCAGGAUUUUAGCCCCCGGCCCCCACUCGCCAAGAACUUUGUCCUGUGUAAGAUUGUGGAGAGGUUGCUGAAACAGCCUGAGGACAGCUCCCCCGAGAGUGUGGCAGCUCCUGGUGAUAUUCCCUGUGAUUUCUGCACCGACAGCAAACUCCGAGCCAUCAAAUCGUGUACGGUCUGCAUGGCAUCGUUCUGCCAGCUCCACCUCCGCUCCCACUAUGAGGACACUGUCUUCCGGCAUCACCAGCUCGAUGACCAGCUCAGAGACUUUGGCAAGAGGCGGUGCCCAGAGCACGGCCGCCCAUUGGAGUUUUACUGCCGCACAAACCAGUCGUGUCUGUGCAGCGUGUGUGCCAUCAAAGGGCAUCGAGACCACGAAACUGUCACCGUGGACGAGGAGGUCACUGACAUCAAGAACCACAUUGAGGAGCGGCAAGUGGAAAUAGAGAGAGACAGACAGAUCACCCUGGGAGAGAUGGGGAAACUGAGGCACAGUGUGGAAAUAUUUGAUGAGUUCCACAGCAGGUUGAAGUCCGACAUACUGCAGAAUUUUGCGGAGCUGAUUGAAAAUGUUGAGCAGGCGCAGAGAGAGGUGAUGGAAGUGAUUAGCACAGAACAGAGGAAUGGGAUCACCCAGGCGAACAGGUUCAUGAGCCAAAUGGAACACAAGUGCUCCGACCUGAACCGGGAGAAGCAGCAACUCGAAACAAUCUCCAGGCUCAGUGACAGCUUCCAACUCAUUCAGGAGUACCACAGCACAAAGAUCACAGCAGCUCAGCAGGUGCUCUCUCACACACAGCUGACAGUGGAUGUGAAACUGACAGAACUCAGCAGAACAGUCGCAGAACUUUCAAACCUGGUGAAAACCCAACUGGUGAAAAGCACUUCACAUGGCACUGGGAAUGGACCUAUCCCAG